CUCCCGGGGGGUGAGGUUGCUGCCGUGCGUUUCGGUGGUAGUUUUGUGUCAGUUAUGUGUCUUGUCGGUCCUUGUCAACAUGUCCCCUUACGAUGCGGGCUCGCAACCACCUGGAAGUUGACUAAGAGGAGAAGGAGCCUCGUUGGAAAACGGAGGCACAAUUCUGUCUUCCCUUGAACUGCAUAACUGAGAACUCUGCAAAUUCCCCAGAGGAGGAAAAAUGACCAUGUUCAAGGAGGCAGUGACCUUCAAGGACGUAGCUGUGGUGUUCACUGAGGAGGAGCUGGGGCUGCUGGACCCUGCCCAGAAGAAGCUGUACCGAGAUGUGAUGCUGGAGAACUUCAGGAACCUGCUCUCAGUGGGGCAUCAACCUUCCUACCAAGAUACUUUUCACUUCCAAAGAGAAGAAAAGUUUUGGAUCGUGGAGACAGCAACUCAAAGACAAGGGAAUUCAAGAGGCAAGAUCCAAACUGAGUUGGAGUCUGUUCCAGAAACAGGACCACAUGAAGAGUGGUCUUGCCAGCAAGUCUGGGAACAAGCUGCAAGUGAGUUAACUAGGCCUCAAGACUCUAUGAUAAAUAGCUCUCAGUUCUCCACACAAGGUGAUGUCCCCUCCCAGGUUGAUGCAGGACUAUCUAUCAUUCACAUAGGACAGACACCUUCCGAGGAUGGGAAGUGUAAAAAAUUCUUCAGUGAUGUCUCCAUCCUUGAUCUUCAUCAACAAUUACACUCAGGAAAGAUGUCCCAUACAUGUAAUGAGUACAGGAAGAGCUUCUGUUAUAGCUCAGCUCUUCGUCAGAAACUUCACAUGGGAAAGAAACUCUAUAAGUGUGAUGUGUGUGGUAAGGAAUUUAGUCAGAACUCACAACUGCAAACUCAUCAGAGAAUCCACACUGGAGAGAAACCAUUCAAAUGUGAGCAGUGUGGGAAAAGUUUCAGCCGUAGAUCAGGAAUGUAUGUUCAUUGCAAAUUACACACAGGAGAAAAACCUCAUAUUUGUGAGGAAUGUGGGAAGGCCUUCAUUCACAAUUCCCAGCUUCGGGAACAUCAAAGAAUCCAUACUGGGGAGAAGCCAUUCAAAUGUUAUAUAUGUGGUAAGAGCUUCCAUAGUAGAUCAAAUCUUAAUAGGCAUUCCAUGGUCCACAUGCAAGAGAAAUCAUUCAGAUGUGAUACCUGCAGUAAUAGCUUUGGUCAGAGAUCAGCACCUAAUGGUCAUUGCAGGGACCACACAGGAGAGAAAGUCUACAAAUGUGAAGAAUGUGGAAGGAGCUUCACUUGUAGGCAAGAUCUCUGUAAGCAUCAGAUGGACCAUACAGGAGACAAACCAUAUAACUGUAACGUAUGUGGGAAGAGCUUCAGGUGGUCCUCGCGUCUUUCGAGACAUCAGCGGAUCCACAGUGGAGAAGCAACAUUCAAGUGUGACGGAUGUGGGAAGAGAUUUCAUAUGAAUUCACGGGGCCAUUCUCAUCAGACAGCCCACAGAGAAGAAAAACUGUAUAAAUGUCAGAAGUGUGGGAAGGGCUACAUUAGUAAGUUUAAUCUUGACUCGCACCAGAGGGUCCACACGGGAGAGAGACCUUAUAAUUGUAAGGAAUGUGGAAAGAGCUUCAGGUGGGCCUCAGGUAUUUUGAGACAUAAGAGACUCCAUACUGGAGAAAAACCAUUCAAAUGUGAAGAGUGUGGGAAGAGGUUUACUGAGAAUUCAAAACUUCGUUUCCAUCAAAGAAUUCACACUGGAGAAAAGCCUUACAAAUGUGAGGAGUGUGGAAAGGGCUUCAGAUGGGCCUCAACUCAUCUAACCCAUCAGAGACUCCACAGUAGAGAAAAAGUACUUCAAUGUGAGGACUGUGGGAAGAGCAUUGUGCACAGUUCAUGCCUUCAAGACCAACAAAGAGACCACAGUGGAGAAAAAACAUCCAAAUGUGAGGACUGUGGGAAGCGCUACAAGAGGCGCUUGAAUCUCGAUAUGAUUUUAUCAUUAUUUUUAAACGAUAUAUAAUUAUUGUCCAUAUUUAUGGGUUACAGCAUGAUAUUUCAAUACAUGUAUACAAUGUGUAAUGAUCAAAUCAGUGUUAUUAGCAUAUCCAUCGUCUCAUUUAUCAUUUAUUUGUGUUGAUCAUUUAUCGUUUCUUUGUGUUUUGAACCUUCAAAAACUGUUCUAGUUAUUUGAAAAUAAAUUAUUAUUAAUUACAGUCACCUUUAGUGCUGUGGAACACUAGAACUUGUUCCUUUCAUCUUACUGUACUUUUGUAUCUGUUAACCAAUCUUUCAUCAUCCACCCUCCCUCCUACUUUUCCCUUCUAGUAAUUGCUAUGCCAUGCUGCUUCUCCUUUUUAUUUUUAUUUUUUCUUUUGAGAACAGAGUCUUGCUCUGUUGCCCAGGCUUGAAUGUAGUGGCAUGAUCCUGGCUCACUGCAGCCUCCACCUCCUGUGUUCAAGUGAUUCUCCUGCCUAAACCUCCUGAGUAGCUGGGAUUACAGGCAUGCACCACCAUACCCGGCUAAUUUUGGUACCUUUUUUUUUUGAGAUGGAGUAUCACUCUGUCGCCCAGUCUGGAGUGUAAUGGCGCGAUCUCGGCUCACUGCAACCUCCGCCUCCCAUGUUCAAAUGAUUCUCCCUGCCUUGGCCUCCUGAGUAGCUGGGACUACAAGUGGCCACCACCACAAUCGGUUAAUUUUUGUAUUUUAGUAGGGAAUGGGUUUUUGCCAUAUUGGCCAAGCUGGUCUCGAACUCCUGACUUCAGGUGAUCCACCCACCUCAGCCUCCCAAAGUGCUGGGAUUACAGGCGUGAGCCACCAUGCCCAGCCUAAUUUUUGUAUUUUUAGUAGAGACUGGGUUUCACCACGUUGGCCAGGCUAAUCUUGAACUCCCAACCUCAAAUGGUCUACCUGCCUUGGCCUCCCAAAGUGCUGGGAUUACAGGCAUGAGCCACCGUGCCCAGCCAAUGCUGUGCUGCUUCUGUGAUUUUUGAGAACAGUCUUGCUCUGUUGCCCAGACUUUCACAUAUGUGUGAUAACCUGUAGUAUUUAUCUUUCUGGGCCUGAAUUUACAUCACUCAACUUCAUGUUCUCCAAAGCUUAUCUUUACCUUGCCAUAAAUGACAGAAUUUUAUUAUUUUUUAUGGUUAAAUAGUGUACCUUUGUGUAUGUAUGCCACAUUUUCUUUACCAUUUUCUGUUGAUGAAUAUUUAGAUUUGUUCCAUAUGUUAGCUAUUGCAAAUAGUACUAUAAUAAAUAUAGGAGUACAGAUAGGAGUUCAACACACUAAUUUCCUUUCCUUUGGAUAUACAGCUAAUAGUGGGAUUGCUGGAUCACUUGAAUCUUAAUAUGCAUAAGAGAAUCUACACUGGAGAAACACCGUGGAUGUGUGGAGAGUGUGGUACAUACUUCAGUCAGGGCUCGCAUCUUCAAAUUGAGUGCCUGUUCUGUAGAGAAACCUUAAUAAUGUAAUAUACGUGACAGCAAAGAGUUAUAAGGUAUGAAUAUGUUAAUUUUAGUAGAUACUUCCAAAAACUAUUUCAAACUGGUUGUACCUCUAUAAACUCUGACCAUUAUUAGGCAAGAAUUGGCUUUUUUUUUUUCUUUUGAGACAGUCUUGCUCUGUCACCCAGAUUAGCAUGCAGUGGAAUGAUCACGGCUCCCUGCAGCAUUGACCUCCCAGGCUCAAGAAAUGCUUCUGCCUCAGCCCCUCAAAAGCUGGGACUAUAGGCAUGCAACAACAUGCCUGGCUAAAUUUUUGUUGUAGAGAUAGGGUCUCACUAUGUUGCCCAAAUUAGUCUCAAACUCCUGGGCUCGAGUGAUUCUCCCUCCUCAGCCUCCCAAAGUGCUGGGAUUACAGGCAUAAGCCACUGCGCCCAGCAUUUUGUUUUGUUUUGUUUUGUUCUUGAGAUGAGAUAUUUCUGUGUUGCCCAGGCUGGAUUGUUUAUUAACAGAUGCAUUUACAGUGCCCUAUAGCCUCGAACUCUUGGGCCUAAGUGAUCCUCUUGCUUUAACCUCCUGAGAAGCUGGGACUACAGGCAUGGACCACCACCCCUGACUGAUCUUCUUUAGUUUCUGUCAACAAAAUAGUACACUGUUUCCACUAACUUGGGAAGGCUAGUAUUUUUGGGGGGAAAAUCACUAAACAACAAAGAAAAUCUGAUGAAUUGGACAGCAUAAAAAUAUUGGCGUAAAGAUGAACAUAACAUAAGCAGGAAUAUUUAAAGCACAUACUUUUUAUAGAGUGUCUCCCCUGUAAUGUCUCUGGUUAAAUGAAAGGCUUUCAACUGUGAAGACAACCCUAACCAUACUCAUUACCUGUAAAGGAUGUAGCAUGGUCAUGGACUCCUUAAUAAACGUGAAGACUUUAAUCCA